GAUUUAGAGGGGUUCGACCGAUGGCGCGGAGUUCCCGUCACAAAUCUCACCGGUCUCAUAAGCACAGAGAUCGAUCGGACUCUGAAGACGAAGGGACUUCAGAGUCGGCUAGGGUUUCUAGGGUUUCGGAUCAAGAAAAGAGGAAACCUUCGUCUAAAGAUGGGGUUGGAACUAGCAAUGGUGAUUUAUCGGAGGAUCACGGCAGGAAGCGGAAGGAUAGAGGUGAAGACAGGCGGAAUGUCGGCGGUGAUGAUGAUUCUAGGGUAGAGAAGACGGCAAAGAAUGAUGAAAUUGAUGCAGAUGAUUUGGAAAAGAGUGUGAAAUCAAGAUCGAGUAGUAGCAGAAGACGAGAGGGUUCGCGUGAGAAGGAGGAGAGGAGGUCAGAGAAGGGAGCUAGUAGGAAAGAGAAAGAGAAGGAGAAAGAAAGGGAGAAGGGGUCGUCGGGGAAAGAGAAGAAGGUUCAGGAUUCUAGACGUGAGAGGUCUAGUGACGGAGCAAGAAGAAGAGAAGAAAAUUGUGCUAAGCAGGGAGUAGAAAUUUCUGAGCUUCAGAAUGAGAUGCACAAUCCUGAUCCUGAGGUAGAAAAAGAGCUUGAUAAACGCAGUGAAAGGAGAAAGGAUGGAUCUGGUGCCGGAAGAGAAGGCGACGAAGGAAAAGUAUCUUCUAGAGAUGAUAACUUGAAAAAGGGAAGCUACAAAGAUGAAAGGUACAAGGAAAAAUACAGGGAGGGGCUUGAAAAAGAAAAAUACAGGGAGGAGGUUAAAAAGGAAAAAUGCAGGGAGGAGCUUGACAGGGAUCAAAGUUGCCAUAAUGACAAGCGUAGAGAUGACCGCUUCUCAAGAACUUGCCUUAGUGAGAGGUCUGAUAGCAAGCAUUAUAGAGAUGAUCAGCGUGUUGAUGAUAAGAAAACGAAGCCGCAGCACAGUGAUGGCAGUCGGCAUGCUGAUGAUAAAAAAACUAAGCUGCAUGACAGUGAUCGUGAUGGCAUUCGUCAUGUUGAUGAUUACAGCCCCAAAACCAAAGAUAACAGGGGAACUAAAAGGUCAACUAAUGAGCUUGAGGAUCAAAAUGAUAUGAAACCUCAAAGUACAAAGGAACGGCACAAGGAUAAUGCUAAAAAUGGAUCUGGUUCAUGCUCUGACAGAGCUAGGCUGGAACAUCUGCAUAUUGAUGAUAUUGAUUCUACCCUAAGCAAUAGCCAAACAAAGGAUUCACCAAAUUCCAGUUCUUAUGCUGGCAAAGAUAGGAUUAGGCAUAACUCAAGGCAAGCCGAGUCCAUGUGCAGAGAGUCGCUAUCUGGAGAUAUGCAUAACUCUUACAAAGUUUCUAGAGAUCAUACUACUGCUUCUGGAGGGCGUGAAAAAAUAUGCACAUCUCGAUCUUUUGAGAAAUCUAAAUUGAAGGAUGACAUCCAAUCUGAUGUGGUCAUGACAGAUAGUGGAUAUGUUCCUCAUCGUGAUAGGAUCUUAAGAUCAGAUUCUUGUUCUUCUGCAAGUCAAGUGACUGGGAAAUCUCCUAUAUCUACCAGUGACAGGCGAUCAGAGAGAAUUACUUCCCGUCACAGCCUUGAGAUAAAAGAAGGGGAACAAAGAAGUAGCAGUUCCAAGGGCGGAAGAGGGGACACUUCAUUUAAUGGCAGGGAACUAGAAUACUUCAUGGAGAAACCCAAUAAGGAUGAUACUUCUCAGCUAGGCUCUAACCGAUCUACCCAGUUACAAGAUAUUUUACCUGGAAAUCUACCCCCUCCUCUGCCUGUCAGGACUAGCAUUGAUGGCCCUGGCAUAUUGGGCUCUUAUGAAGAUGAAGCUAUGCUUCAUAAUGGGGAGCACAAAAUCAGCACUCGCUAUAAAAGGGGUGCUAGUAUGGGAAGAGGUCCAGGAACUCCCUGGAAGAAUACUCCAACUUGGCCAUCUCCAGUUGCAAAUGGCUUCAUGCCCUUCCAACAUGGACCUCCUUCAGGCUUUCAUCCAGACAUUCUGCAGUUUCCUCCUCCACAUCCAUUUGGUAUCAGACCAUCUAUGGACUUGAACAACCCAUCCUUUCACAUCUAUGAAGGCAACAGGUUCACGGGUCAUGCUCGUCCUUUUGGGUGGCAUAGUCCAAAUGAUUAUUGUCCUCCUCACUCGCAAAUAUGGGAUGGAAACACCAACGUGUUUGGUGAUGAAUCCAAUAUCUUUGUUAUGCAGGAACAGGAUCAGAAUAGGCAUUUGCUCAGCAGUAAAGGAUGGGAGAUGAAUAAUUAUGUGUGGAAUGGACAGAAUGCAAACGCGAAGAUGUAUUCUCCUGUACCUCAAAAAGAACAUGAAUAUCCUCGACAACCUCUUGCUGAAAAAGAUCAGCCAAUAGCGGAUGUCAGUGUAGUCAAGCUAUUGUGUGAUUUGUCCUCGGCGAAACAAGUUGUUGGAACUUCUUCGAAAUCUCUUCUGGAGAAGACACCUGACCUUCAUGAAAUGCUUAGUGUAAAUGAUGCCUCUGAAAAGAAGAGCAGUGAUAAUUUUCGCUACUGCUGCACUUACCUUUCUAAGCUUGACAUAUCGCUUGAUCUUGUCCACCCAGAGUUGUAUAAUCAGUGCAUUUCUCUGAUGAAAGCUAGAGAGAGAAAUGUUACAAGCAAUAUUCCAAACCAGGGAGAAAGAAAGAGCAAUGUAGAGUUCAGAUUGGUGACUAAGAGCAAACAAUUUGCUCGUAAAUCUCUCUUUCCUACAGCAACAGAUUCUACUUUUCAGAGAGCCAUGUCCCUUUAUAGGAAGCAGAAGGAAGGACUGAAAGAGGCAAUGCAUUUUGCUAUACCAUCGGUAUAUCCUGGACAGGCUAGUCCUCCCAAAUCAGAUGACGAAGAGAAGACUUCAGAGGCUUUGCCAGCAAAUGCUCCCGCUGGUGACUACAUGGAUCGGAACAAAAGCACAGCUCUUGAUGCUGAAAGAGAACGCCAAAACGCUGGUGAUGGUGAUGAGAAACGGUGUGAUAACCCUAGCAACACUGAUGAACAACAUGUUGUUAAUUCUAAUGCUGCUGAGGUAGAAGUUUGUGAUAACAUUUCAGAUGCUGUUAUUUCUGUGGAGCGUCCAAAAGGAAGUGAGGGUAUUAUCCCAGAGUGUAGGUUAAAUCCAAGUCGGAUACAUCUCUCUGCUGAAAUUACACAUUAAAACAUUUCCAUUUAAUGCUUUUGAAAUGCAACUGUAAGCGCAGUUGGCCCUUAUAUUGCUUGCAGUUAUCUUA